UUGUUUGAGUGGUAAGAGCGCACAGAGAGCUCCAAAUUUUCCAGGUUGCACUGCGAGAAGGAGAAUGCAGUGUGUAACAAUUUUACUGGCCACCAUAUUCUUUGAACUUGUAUGCACAAUAUCUGGGUCCUCGCCGUGCGGCUGCCUUGAAGAGCCAGCGACCGGCAAUAAACGGAGAGAUAAAUAUUGCAGACCUCACUUGGUGCCCAAGUUGGAGCGACAAAAACGCCGUGACUGCAUCUGCAGACCAGGAUUUGUCCGGAAUUCCUGGGGUGACUGCAUAACCAAGAAGGAAUGCAUGCACUGCAAGUGCCAUCCCAACAAGGACUUCAACGUGUGCGCUCGGGCAUGCCCAGUGAUCUGCAAUGAGCCGAUACGCACAUCAUGCUCUAAAGAGUGCGUGUUCGGGUGCGACUGUCCUCCUGGUUUCGUACGGGACCGCAAGAAAAAGAACCGCUGUGUCAAGGCAACGAAGUGCGCCCUCAAAUGCCCAGCACAUUCUAAGUUCCAGUUCUGUGUGUCUACCUGUGCACCUAAGUGCGGUAGACGCACGAGCGGGACUUGCGCCACACGUUGCCAAAGAGGCGGCUGCGUCUGCGAUCAAGGUUACGCCGAGGUUGAGCACAACGGCAAUACUAUCUGCGUGCCACGGGGAGAGUGUUACCGAUACACUGUAGGGGCGACAUCGCUUCAUCCUGGCGGUCACGGGCUUGUAGGCGGUAGAAUAACUUCUGCAGGAAUGACAGGUGGCAUUACUGCACGUACAGUGGGUACAGUUUCAUCUGGAUCAGGAAUAAUUCGACCGGGAACUGGAUCUGGCAUGACUGUAUCUAUGUCACCUGGCUUUGGCGGUACUUCAGGAGGUGCACUCUUACCUGGAGGAGUACAACGUCCAUCAGGCGCAAUAAAGAUUAACGAUGCAUCUUCCGGCGGCACUUAUCGAAUUGGCUCUCUUAGUGGAGGUAUCGACGGCGUAACAGGUGGCACCACUGGCCCUUACCCAACGCAGCCAGGAGCAAAUACUCUCAGUACACUAUCGUAUGGUACUGAUGGAAAUGGUGUCACCGAGACCCUACCAGGUGCAGGAGCAGGUGGUGCUGUCGGUGGCGGUAUUGUGGAAGGCGGCGCUAAUUUAAACGCUCGCGCUAAUGCUUUGACUAGUGCAUCUGCGGUUAGUUCAAACGUGGAUAGACGCCGAACAUCAGGCAACAUUGGAGCACCCAUAGCUGGCGCAGUUUUAGGAGGCUUAGCGGUAGCUGGAGUGAGUGCAAUAGCCGGAGGACUGACAGGCAUGGGGGACGCUGGUCACCGCGUAGGCAGACCUUGUGUAGGCACACGCUGCGGGGCCUCUGCGAUACCAAGUGGCGGCCGAGGGGGAUGUGUCCGCUGUAACAUGCGCAAUUGGGGAUAAAGGUGUUUCAUGCAAUAACAUAAAAUUCUUUUUAUAGACAGUCAUGUGGAAGAAAGAAUCUCGCCGAAAUGGUUGUCGAAAGAACGUAUCCUAUGAGCAUUUCCGUAAUAUAUCUUUUAUUGCAAAUGUACAGAAUGUUUAAUCGCUAUUAAGAAUGGACAAACUGUUGCCUAGCUAUUGAUUGUUUAUAUGGCGCCCUAGAAGCUAGUAUUCUUAUUCCUUGCAUUCUUCUUAGUUUUCUAUUCAAGACUAAUUUGAAUCUUGCUAAAUAAACACACCGAAGUAGGA